AUGUAUCUCAAGCCUUGGUGCCCUUGCGAACUUCUUUCGCCUUGGCUUUUCGGAGAGCAUCGCGCUUCUGCUCCAAUUGGUGUGCGCAAGGGAUACUUGCCCAAGAAGAACUACGUCAAGACUGCGACCAGGGCGUACGAAUACUUGGCCAAGACUUUUGUUGUUCCUGAGACCAACGGCACUUUGUCCUGGAACGGAACCGUCUCUGUCGGCUCCCUCGGCUCUAACGGGACCUUUUACUACGUUUCGGUUGCCGAACAACAAAACGACCUCAAGGGCCUUGCACCAUUUAUUCUUGCCAGUCUCGAAUACGAGGCACUCUAA